UAUAUUGUUGAAGAAAAUGCAAUGUUUUGUAGCAAAUACAUAAAACAAGCAUCUGAAAUAGGCUCUAAGCUUGCACGCAAUGAAGAGUAUGAGAGUGACUUCUUAGUUGCAGGUCGUCCAAUUUCCAAAGGGAAGUCACUUGUACUCUCUAAUGAGAUGCUAAAAGUUGCCCAUCGCUAUGUAUUGCUGAAUAGUGUAGAAGUGGCUCCAUACGUACAGUAUGUUUGUGAAGUAUAUACUUUUUGGGAUUUUAAGUUCUUCGAGAUUUCUUGAUAUAUUGUUUUUUACUUAGGAUGCAUAUGAGUGAACUCAGGAGUUUUGACAAACGACUUGGACGAAAUGAGAAUUUGUUGCAUAAGAAACAUAUUGACACGUUUGCCACCUGGUUGCACAAUAAGAUUACGGGUCAAUUGUUGCUGGACAAUGUUUCAAAUACUUUAAAGUGGCUUGCACGUGGCCCUAGAUGUCAAUCCAUGUCAUAUUCCAGUUUUGUAAUAAAUGGAUUUCGAUUUCACACUAAAGAUGUCGAAAACUCUCGCCAAAAUAGUGGCAUUUUAGUUGAAGCAACAACCAUCUGUAGAUCUAGUGCAAAAGAUAAUACACAUGUUGUUGGAAAAGUUCUUUAUUAUGGAGUUUUGUGCGAUAUUAUAGUGCUUAACUAUAAUGCAUUUCAUAUUCCAAUAUUCAAAUGUGACUGGGCAAAUAUUGUGAAUGGAAUAAAGAAGGAAGAUGGAUUCACUUUGGUCAACCUUCACGAGGGACACAGACAAUUUGAAAAUGAUGCUUUCAUUUUGGCAUCACAGGCGAAACAAGUUUUUUAUUCUAGGGAGAAUGAAACAUCUAAUUGGUAUGUUGUUUUGCAAGCAUCACCAAGCGACUUUCACGCGUUACAUAUGGAAGAAGAUACUUCUUAUGAGGCAACUAUUCCAUUGGAUGUAACACAAAUUGAAGACACUCAUGAGGAGGAUGAGAAUUUUGCAAGGAUAGAUGCUGAAGGCAUAUUAUGUGAUAUAUAAAUUGAUUAGUUUGGUAAAUGUCGUUAUACAUAUAACUGUUUAAAUUACAAGUAGUAGAACUUUGAAUAUCAUUCUCUUUCUCUUAUUGUUUGCAAAUUCGUACUUUCUCAAGUGGCUUUUUGGAACUAGGUGAUAUUAUUAAAUAUACGCAUGAUGGAUAAAGCUCAGUCAAAUAAGCAAGCUUCCAUGAGUUCUAAAAGACGAAGCGCUGCGAUUGCUGUUGCAAUUCGGGAGACAAAUAAAAGACUACGACCUUCUAGUGAACCUAGAGAUACCAUGUCUACUCCAAUUACUGGUGAUCAAAACAUGACUUCGACAAGUGUAGAUGCUACAAAAAAGAAAAGAGGUCCAAUUCAUUUGAAAAUGGUUGCUGAAAAUAACUAUCAGAAAAUGGAGCUUGAAUUCAAUGAAUUCGGGCAAGUAGGUGGCCAUAACUCUGAUAAAUUUGUCAGCAUAGCCGGAGCCAUAGUGCAGGAGUACAUGCCAGUUGUUAUUAAAAAUUGGCCUUCAGUGGAUGACAGUAAAAAAAUUGAACUUUGGAAUUUU